AUGGAUGAAAUUCUCAAAGUAGGUGAUAUAAAGCUAGAGGGCGACCCAGUGAAAGGACAAGAAGGAGAAAAAACGACAGAAAAGGUACAAGAUGUACAAGAGGGAGUACAAGAUGAAGGACAACAAAAAGAAGAGGAACGGGAACUUUCAGUACGCCAUGAGGAGCCUCAAGUUAAUGGAGGAGAAGGAGAGGUACAAGCACAGGAUUUUGAGGUACAAUGUGACAAGGAUGAGUACUUGGUAAAGACAAUAGACUGGAAGGGGAAAAAGAUUCGCAUUAUUACACAAAACGAGAAUGGGCCUUGUCCGUUAGUGGCUAUCAGUAAUGUGUUAUUUUUGAGAGGUGAUUUAGAAAUUCAACCAGCGGAUCGAGAAGUGGUAAAUUUUGACUAUUUAGUGGAUAGAUUGGGUGACUAUCUAUUGAAUCAUGCACCCGCUGAAGAGCAAGAGACCUCCUCUUCGCGUAUUGAGCACUUGAUGAAUUACAGACACAACUUGGAUACGGCACUUUCAAUCUUGCCAAACCUAAAAACAGGACUCGAUGUCAAUGUUCAAUUUGAUUCUAUUCAUGGGUUUGAACCAACAGCUGAAUUAGCCAUGUUUGACUUGUUUAAUGUUGAUCUUGUCCAUGGUUGGGUUGCAGAUCCUCAAGAUAUUGAAACAUUUGAUAUAGUUGUAAAUAAGUGUAAAUCAUAUAAUCAAACAGUGGAGUUUAUUGUGCAAGCAAAUGAAAUUAGCUCACGUAUCCGACAAGAGCCCUUUACAUUAGCUGAAGAAGAAAAACUACACGAAGGCUAUAUAGCAACUGAGUUUUUAAAUAAUACAGCGACGCAGUUGACUUAUUUCGGACUUGAGCUUUUAUUAGAUUCAAUUCCAGUAGACACUUUGUGCGUGUUGUUCCGUAACAACCAUUUUUCGACGGUGUACAGACACCCUCAAUCAGGUUUAUACAUGCUAGUGACGGAUUCAGGAUUGGUAUUGGAACGGACUAUCAUUUGGGAGAGUAUUACUGAUGUCGAUCAAGGUUCAUCUGGAUUCUUUAAUGGUAAUUUCGAAACUCCCCGUAGUCCCAAAAAGGAUGUCAAUACCGAUUUAGAUUACGCCAUUGCCAUGUCUAUGCAGGACAGGCAAGAGGACCCGAAAAGGAAUAGCCAAAUAAGUAACAGUAACGGAUCAAGCAAGAUGAUGAAAAAGACAAAGGAUAAAUGUGUAAUUUCUUGA